AGAAAAAAGGAGGCAGCCCUCGAAUGGUCAGACCUUGCUGACCUAUUUUUUUCCUUUCGCUCUCUGCGAGCUGAAUUCUGGAAAAGGAUUGUCGAUCUAUGACGAGCGUGGCGAGUCAAUGUUUUAGGAGCUCGACAGUUGCCAGAAAGGUUCAACGAAGGAAUGUAUGUAUCCUCGAACCGAACCGGGCUGGUCAGAUCCACGCAAGCCUGAGGGCAGCCAGCACCCCUUCCCCUCCCCUCUCCUCCGUAAAGUCUAUUCAGCCCUCCCUAAAGGAUACUCAAGAUAAACUUUUCCGGUAUACAACGUCGGAUUGGCACCUGUAUAUCGUCUACUCGGGCGAGGUCAGCGCAUACAUAUAUGUGAUCGAGUGGAGGACCACCACUGAGGCUUACCUCGAUAGUAGGGCUUUAAAUUCUCGUCGCUGAAGACUAAGUCGGCCGGCCCUCGACAACGUGUCGGGGUAUGAGAAUCGAGAGUGGACGAGAGAAAGAGUGAAAGAGGGGAUGAAAAAAGCGAGUUCUUGGAUUCAACGCUCUACUAUAAUAUACAGCAUUAAGCUGUCUGUCCUCCUUUCCAGCUCCGUCAUGAUAGAUGGAUGCUUCAAUGAGACUGAUGUGU